UUACUGUAUAUUUUAUUUAUUUGUUUAUAUGUUCUAUAGCGUGCUGGAACGGAGCCCGACAAAUCUGAUCAAGGAGAUUAUCCUGGUUGAUGAUUUUAGCGACAAUGCUGCUGAUGGAGAGGAAUUAGGUGCUAUUGACAAGGUAAUCUACUCCAGUCAUAUUUACAGACAGUCAGAGCCAAUAAAGAAAAGAAAUGUUGCAGUGUUGAGAAAUGAUAAGCGUGAAGGAUUAAUGAGAUCACGUGUUAAAGGAGCUAAUUUUGCCACAGCUCCCAUCCUUACAUUCCUAGACAGCCAUUGUGAAUGCAAUCAGCAUUGGUUGGAAUCCUUACUAGAAAGAGUUCAACAAGAUUACAGAAGUGUAGUGUGUCCAAUCAUAGAUGUUAUAAGCAUGGAUUCCUUUCAGUAUGUUGGUGCGAGUGCCGAUCUUCGAGGAGGGUUUGACUGGAACCUGGUUUUUAAAUGGGAAUAUUUAUCAAAGAAGGAGAGAGAGGCGAGGAAAAUAGAUCCGACCAAGGUGAUCGAGACCCCGAUGAUUGCAGGAGGACUAUUUAUGAUCAAUAAAACAUAUUUUGAAUGGCUCGGAAAGUAUGAUAUGAAGAUGGAUAUCUGGGGCGGAGAAAAUUUAGAAAUAUCUUUCCGUGUGUGGCAAUGUGGAGGGAAGCUUGAGAUAGUUCCGUGUUCUAGAGUUGGACAUGUAUUCAGGAAACAGCAUCCUUACUCUUUCCCCGGAGGUAGUGGUAACGUCUUUGCAAGAAACACAAGGCGAGCAGCUGAAGUGUGGAUGGAUGACUAUAAAAAGUUCUAUUACGAUGCAGUUCCCUUGGCAAAAAAUGUACCUUUUGGAAGUAUUGAAGAGAGAUUGGACUUGAAAACUAAGUUAGAAUGCAAACCGUUUGCCUGGUAUCUGGAUCACGUGUAUCCGGAUCUAAAAAUACCAUACAGAGAAGUUGUAGGAGUCCUCAGACAAGAUAGCCAGUGCCUGGAUACACUAGGACAUCUUCUUGAUGGGAGUGUUGGAGUUCAUCCUUGCCAUAAUGCCGGAGGAAAUCAGGUAGAUCAGGACUGGUCGUUUACGAAAGAAAGCCAGCUUAAGCAUUCAGAUCUGUGUCUCAGCACUGAUUCGUUAACUCCGGAGUCUCCUGUUCUACUGGCAGUUUGUGAUAAUUCAGAAAUACAGGCUUGGGAGUUGUUAAGCUCGCAUCAGGUUCUACACAAGAUGUCAGGAUUAUGUCUCGACACAGAAAAUAGUCAGGAUAGUAUCCUUAUCCAACACUGUCAGGACAAAAGGAGCCAAAAAUGGUUGUAUACGGCUGGAAGCAGGAGAAAGAAAUAAAAAUACAGUAUUACUAUUAUACUUGUGCCAAAACUAUCAGACAAAAUUUCUGAAAAUUCCAAUUCCAUAAAGUGAUUUUUAAAAUGCAACUUUUCUAUUGGACCAAAUUAUAACCUAUAGGUUGUAGUAUGUCCACCUUAAUAAAUUUUUUUUAGACAACUUUUGACAAAGUUAUAGUUUUUACGCUCAUUUCCUCUGUGAUCAACAAUCUCCCAUGAUAUGUUUGGUGGAACCUACCUAACCGAUCUUUUUAGUAACCUUGUAUUAUAGAAUGUAUGCAGAUAUGAUAGUGUUAUGAUUUAUAUAGCUGCAUUCCCGAUUCACAGCGUCGGACAUAUCAAUCUAUGAAUUGGGAGUUACUUUAAAAUACGUUUACACUCUACAGUCCUUUUAACCAAAGUAAACUCACAAGCAAGAAAUCUUGCAAUAAUUCCUACAUGUAUGCAUUCAAUUUAUUGUAGAAAAUAUAUUAUUUAUUUUUAUUUAAUAAAUUAUCAGUUUUGUUA